AUGGUGUGCAUUGUACCAUAUACAUAUGUCACCUUCCACUGUUAUUUAUACAUUGUUUUACACUUAGGAACAACCUGUUUUAAAAAUAAACCAUUUUCACCAAGACAAUGA